CCAGGCUGCGACGGGGAGCCCAGCAUGGAUGGCUACGCGGUCCUGAGAGUGAUCGGGGAGGGCUCCUUCGGCAGAGCCCUUUUGGUUCGGCAGGAGGGCAGUAAUCGCAUGUUUGCCAUGAAGGAAAUAAGGCUUUCCAAGGUCACUGCUUAAAAUAUUAGCUCAUGUUGAAAGUGUACAAGUAAUUUGUAUAAGAACAGUUUCUGGAGAUGUCACAUGGAGUUGCUGCUCUGUGCAUCAGAUGUUAUGGGUUUCUUCACUCAUUAGCUGUACAAGGUCUUGAUAUACUUUAUAUGGUUCUUAGGAUAUUAACAAAAGGGAUAAAAUAGUCAAAAGUGACAAUUGCUGUUUAUCUCAAUGAGAAUAAUUUGUAAUUAUUUCUAAUUUUGUAUACUUAAGUGUGUAGGGAGUCUUUGUCAAUAACUACUCAGGUGCAAUAUUGAUGAAAAAGGAACAUAAAAAUACAAUGAAGAGCAAAAACCUAAAAUGCUAACUGUUGAUAACAGGGAACCUAUUCUGUAGGUCAGUUUAUAGCUUUUAUUUCCCUGUGUGAUGAUGAAUGUGAUAUCGACUGGUAUCACUAUUUAUCACUAUGCAUCAUCGUUAGUUGCACAUGAAAGAAUCUAUGCCAUGGAGCCUGCUUAAUUCUGUUUUGUUCAGUUUUUGAAAAGGAAUUUUAAAAAUAAAGUCACAAAGUGCUAUUGCCCCCUCACUGCAUUCUUGACCUUGUUUAGUGAUUCUCAAACUUGAAUAGGCAUGGAAUCACCUGGAGGGUUUGUUAAAAUGGCAGUUGUUGGGCUUCACCCUCCUCCCUUCGUCCUAGUUUUUGCUUGAGGAGGUCUGGUUGGGCCAGUGAAUUUUCAUUUUUAACAAAUUACCAUUGGUGCUGACGUUGCUGGUGUGAGGAUCCUUGUUUCUUCAUUGUAAGUCUUUCUCUGAUACACAGAACUCCAGGAAGGAAGCUGUUCUGUUAGCCAAAAUGAAACACCCCAAUAUUGUUGCCUUUACAGAGUCAUUUGAAGCUGAAGGGCAUCUCUAUAUUGUGAUGGAAUAUUGCGAUGGAGGGGACCUAAUGCAGAAGAUUAAACAUCAGAAAGGAAAGUUGUUUCCUGAAGAUAUGAUACUUAAUUGGUUUACACAGAUGUGCCUUGGAGUAAAUCACAUUCACAAGAAACAUGUGUUACACAGAGAUAUCAAAUCCAAGAACAUCUUCCUCACCCAAAAUGGACAAGUGAAACUGGGAGAUUUUGGAUCUGCCCAUCUUCUCUCCAAUCCCAUGGCAUUUGCUUGUACAUAUGUGGGAACACCUUAUUAUGUGCCCCCGGAAAUUUGGGAAAACAUGCCUUAUAACAAUAAAAGUGACAUCUGGUCCUUGGGAUGCAUUCUGUAUGAACUCUGUGCCCUGAAGCAUCCAUUUCAGGCAAAUAGUUGGAAAAGUCUUAUCCUGAAAGUAUGUCAGGGGUCUGUGAGCCCACUGCCAUCUCAUUAUUCCUAUGAGCUUCAGCAUCUAAUCAAGCAGAUGUUUAAAAGGAAUCCUUCCCAUCGCCCCUCAGCUACCACGCUUCUCUCUAGAGGCGUUUUGGCUCGGCUUAUCCAGAAGUGCUUAACCCCACAGAUCAUCACAGAAUAUGGAGAACAGGUAUUAGAAGAAACUAAAAAAUCUAAGCUUAGUACACCAAGAAAAAAGGCAGACUCCAGCAGAAUCAAGAUCGCUUUGGAAAAAGAAGCAAGCACAGUGCAAGGGGAAGAACAAGGUAGAAAAUGUAGCCACCCUGAUUUAGAAAGCAGUAAUAAAAAUUCAGUGGCAAGUACACUGAGGAGAGUAAACAGAGAAGAGAAAGAACCAGAUAAUAAAUCAGUCCAUCCGAGGGAAGCCAGUUCACCAAAUCCCCUCAGGCGACAGUGGGAGAAACGUGCAUCCUCUACAGCGCUUGCAGCUUUGGAAAAUGCAUCCAUACUCUCCUCCAGUUUGACUGCAGAGGAUGAUAGAGGUGGUUCUGUAAUAAAGUACAGUGGAAAUAAUAGCCGUAAGCAGUGGCUCAAAGAGACUCCUGAGACCUUGUUGAACAUCCUUAAGAAUGCUGAUCUCAGCUUGGCAUUUCAAACAUACACAAUAUAUAGACCAGGUUCAGAAGGGUUCUGCUUGAAAGGUCCCUUGUCUGAAGAAGCAGAAGCAUCAGACAGUGUUGACGGAGGUUACGAUUCUGUCAUUUUGGACCCAGAGAGACUCGAACCUGGACUGGAUGAGGAGGACACGGACUUUGAGGAGGAAGACAACUUUGAUUGGGUGUCGGAACUGAAGCAGAGGGCUGGCUGGCAAGGAGUGUCUGGUGACUGAUGCCCAAGGAAUGCUCCUUAGUCACACUGAACAGAUGUGUAGAGUGAGGAAUUAAUGUUUGCAUAUUAGCUAUUGGACUGUAUAUUUUCCCUUGGAAACAGUUUAAAAAUCUACAAUUAGUUUAAAAAUCUACAAUUCUUGUAUGUUUUUUAAUGCAAAGGAGAAGAUGUAGAAUUACGGGUGUGAGCUUCAGGAUUUGCAGUCAGAUAGAACAGAAAUUAGAUGCUCAUUAUUUGUGUGUUUGUGAGAAAUUACUUAAUCUCUUUGGGCCUGAAUUUCCUCAACUAUAACAUGAAGAUAAUAAUGCCUGUCUCAUAAGGAUGCUGACCAUGGAGCAUGAGAGCAACCCACAAUAUUUGCAUUGUUAUGAUUUCUUUUUAUUACUAUGUAACUCUUUUUACAUUUCCUAAAAAUUUUAGGAUCUACAUAUAUUAAAUUAUAACAUAA